CCCAUUAAUGUCACUUUGGGUUUCAGAUUGCAGACCGUUGCUUUAGAGAGAGUCGUCUGCUUCUCCUCCUCUCUCUCACACACACAUCACGGCAGGACGGACCGCGGACGCCGUAGAUGUUCUGGUUCCUUCUGAUUGUCGCACAGACAAGGCGGGCGUAUCGGUCCCUUCCGUUCAUAAAGAUUUUGGUGCGGUGACAGAUAUUUUGAGUUUCACCGUACUGUUUUUUUCCCGGUGAUAUUUCGGGUUCUAUGUAUUUUUGCAAAUGCGUCUUUUCGGUGCGAUUUUCACGUGUGAUGCCUACCGCACGGGGGCUGAUUUCUUCAAGAAGUGUCGAUAACUUUUUACUGUUUUAUUUGGCCAAUCUGGGCAACUUUGGAGUGCAGGUCUCCAAUGCGACAAUUUCUUGAAAGAAAAAGAAAAUCCUCCAUUUGAAAAAAGAGACUGGAAAUAAUCACAUAUUGCACAUAGCAAGCUCGCCGAAAAGUGAUUAUGAGGUACUUGAUCGUGUUGUUGCAUUGCUUUUUGGUGCGAGCGCUGGUAGCUUACGAAUGCACGCCAUGUGAGCUCCGGACAUGUCCGGGGAAGCCGCCGCAUACCUGCCCGGGCGGCCGGAUCCUGGCGCUGGACCCGUGCGGAUGCUGCGAUCAUUGCAGCCGCCUGCAAUGGGAGCCCUGUGGCGGGCCGGACUGGACCUUCGGCUACUGCGGCUUGGGACUGACCUGCGUAGCUGUUAAUGGCACGACAAGUGUGGAUCUUCCCGAUGUUGGUAUAUGUAAAGAACUCCCAGACAGGCCCGAGGCAGGGCUGGAGGACGAACGCUGCCCCCUACAGACCGGCUGCAACACCAUGGGUGGCCAGUGCUCCUGUGACAGUCAGCGCACCUGCAUCAACACCUUCACGUACCCCAACAUGGAGGCGUGCCUCCAGGCCGUAGGGACAGCCCAACCAUACCGAGAAGACAGUCACCACGAGGGGACGCCCACCCCUGCCUGCGUGUUUACCGGCUGCAACCUGACGGCAGACGGCUGCGUCUGCGACGCGCACGGCUGCCAGGGCCGCUUCUCCUACGCCACCCUCAGCCAGUGCCAGGCAGCCGCAGAGGAGCUGAGGUGUGCAGGGGUCACCUGCUCAACACCAGAGCCACCGGAUUGCCCCGUCGACUCGGUGCUGAGCAAAAGCUACACGCCCCCUGUUGGCUGCUGCCCCACAGUGCUCCCCGUGUGCACCUGUGACUUCGGGGCGUGCCUGAAGCCUAAGUGCCCCAGCGGGCGACAGCUGGUGCUGCUGAGGGAAGCCUCGGGCGAGCCGGGGGACUGCUGCAGCCGCUACGAGUGCCAGAGAGGGUCUCCGAAGUGUAUCCACAAAGGGAAGGAGUUUUCCGACGGGGAGGGAUACCGCAUGGACCCGUGCUGGCUGUGCCAGUGUCGAGGGGGCAUCUCCUUCUGCUCCAAAGCGGAGUGUGCAAAGCUGGAGUGCGACAACUUCUACAUACCCGAGGGAGAAUGCUGCCCCGUCUGCAUAGACGUGGAGCUGCUGUCUGCGGAGAGCAGGGAAGCCAGCUGCUGGGUGAGCGGGAAGCUGCGGCUGCAUGAGGAGCAGUGGAAGGAGGAUGACUGUACCUUCUGCCAGUGUGUGGACGGUGAGACGCACUGCACCGCCAUGGCCUGCAAGCAGAGCUGCCGGAGGCCACUGCGCAUCCCUGGGGAGUGCUGCCCCUUCUGUGAGGAGCCCUCUUUCGAGACAGUGAGCCCCCUCCUGUGCCCACCCUUGGAGAACUGCUCCCUGACGACCAGCGACUGCCCCCGCGGCUUCCUGCAGGACAACAACGGCUGCCUACUCUGCCAUUGCGUGAACAACCCCAUAUGUCCAGAUCUGAUCACAUCUUGCUCCCUGCACUGUCCCUCCGGCUACAAGAAGGACGAUUCCGGAUGCGAAGUGUGUGAAUGCAGCCCCCAGCCGUCCAAAUGCCGCCUGGUGUCGUGCGGCAAGAGCUGCCCCUACGGAUAUGUGAGGAACAAGCAUGGCUGCGAAAUGUGCCGCUGCGUGAAAUGUCCACCCUUCACCUGUGACAAGAGCUGCAGCGACGGCUACCAGCAGAACAAGAAGGGCUGCUCCCUCUGCAUGUGCAAAGAGACCAGCAGUCCGGCCCCGCAGUACUGCUUCACGGCCAGCGGGCAGCGUUACAAGGAGGGCGAAAGUUGGUAUGACGGCUGCCGCGAUUGUUACUGCCACGGCGGGCGUGAGAUGUGCGUGCUGAUCACCUGUCCCGUGCCCAGCUGCUCGCAGCCUGUGCUCAGGCCAGACCUGUGCUGCCCCACCUGUGAAGAUGAAUCGGGCAGCGGACAGCCCGAGGGGACGGACCUGGUGGUGUGCCAAGCCCCCGGGGGGGAAUUCUAUGUGGAAGGGGAGACAUGGAAGCUGGAUGGGUGCACACACUGUACCUGCAGGAGGGGGAGGGUCCUGUGUGAGACUGAGGUGUGCCCUCCCGCCCUCUGCCAGGCCCCUGCCAAGAACAAGGACACUUGCUGCUACGUGUGUCCAGAAGACCAGCUCAAGCCUCUCCUCCCGGUCGACGGCAGCCAACUGGGGUACUGCUUCUCCAGCGAGGGGGACAUCCUACUGGCUGGCGAUUCCUGGAAGGUCAAUCCCUGCACCAGCUGUACCUGCAACAAUGGCACCAUCCAGUGCUUCUCACACCAGUGCCCGCCAGCCAACUGCAGGGUGCCCGUGCUCCUCAAGGGCCAGUGCUGCCCACACUGCCUAGAUAUGAGGACGACCAGUGCUCCGCUGUUGCUGUCCACGAUGGUGCCCAAGCAGAAUACCACAGUGCUGUCAGAGGACGGCACCACCCAGCGGCCGCUUGUCGUCAUAGUAACCACUGGCAGCAGCCUUGGUGAAGGUUUCCCCAACCAGACAGAAGUUGCUCUGAUCUACCAGUCCAUGGCUUGGAUCCUGGCUGGCCUCCUCCUGGCCAUCGUGAUCUUCCUCAUCGUGGCUCUCCUGGUCAACAAGAAGAAGAAGUGGGUGCAGAUGCCAUGCUACAGCACGCCAAAGAAGACGGUGAUCCUGAAGAAGCACGUGAACAAAAGCCCUGUGUUCAUGGAGCCAUCCAAAGAGAACAAGUUCCAGGCUAUGAAGAUCUCCGACUACGGGAUGAACUUUUCUCCAGAGGCAGGCUCCCCGUGUGGGGACAGGCUGAGCAUCCCACGUGCAAAGCUCUUCUACGGGCACGGUGAGCUGCUGCGCUAAGCCCUGUCUGCACUUCCCGGGGAACUACAAGGAUAUCUUCACCCAGAGACCACAGAGAACACAGAGAGAGACACAGGCCAUGAAUUACGAUUAAAUAUUAUUGGACACUGGCUGGCAGUAAGAGGCUGAUUGUUUGGGAAAACAGCUUUUUGAGAGUGAAGCCUUCACCGGAUUGCGUCUUGAGGAGCUGAAAGUUGACUUAUGAGUUUAGAGAUGGAACUGGGAGCCACUCUGAUUGCAAAGAGGACCUUUUGUUUUGGAGACAAGAAGACAGCUGCCACAUCUUUUCUUAGUUGACAAGAAAUGCAGACUGGAGGUUAAUAAAAUAUAUAUAAAGAUUUAGGAAAGUGGGCUUCCACAUCUUAUUUUUCUGAGGUAUAUUUAUGUAUAUUUUCUUUUGUUUUUGUAUUAUUCUUAGUCAAUUUGGCUGUUGUUGUAGACACUGCAGGUUGGCCAAUCUCAAAGCUGUGAACAUUUGCCUUACCAUUCCCUGUCAGCUCAUGAAGCAAGGUCGUCCUGAUUCGGCAAGAGGCAGCUCCAUGUUUAGGGACGUAAACACUGGACCUGCAGAACGUCAGAAUGAACAUGCGAAGCACAUGUACAUCUCAGAUAUUUUAGAAUCCUGCAUGCAGGUUCUGGAAGGUCCUUUCAAGUUUAAGUUCAACUUCAACAUCUUUCCUCUUCUCUGAGAGUGACUUGUUUUGUGCUGGAGCCGUUUAUCUCAUUAUAUUGCCAAUUCAUUUAACUGUCCGUCAUCGUCAUUGAACAGAGGAAACAGGAAACCGGACACAGUCUGCAGCCAAGAGAAGAUGCACAAACCCUGGCAGAAAGAGUCAGGCAUUUUUGUGAGGUGACUUUCGUAAGGACAGAUGACGUGCCUUAAGGUUAUUCCCACAGCCGUUCAUGUGGAAGACUUUACAAGAAUGUACUUUUAUAAUCCUGACGAAAAUAGACAAUACCAACUUUAUUUACAUUUGCAAUUCAGUUAUUCUAUCAAAAUUCACACUUCAUCUGUUUAGGACAAGCAUGUUCUGUCUGGUGUCCGUUUUAGUACAAAACGUUUUUUCGGUUUAGUGGGUAAAAAUUAGCAUAGAAGGCAAACCCCCGCAAUGCCGAGUCUCCCGAGUGUAGCGCUGUCCUGACCUCAGAGACGCCCAAAACAUACCCUGCAGAUUAUUUAUAAAUCAAAUGCGUAAUAUAAGACCGUAAAAGACAACAAGGCUCUAAACCACAAUUUUAGUUUUGAUUUUGUCGCAAGUCAUAAAUUUGCGAUUUGGAGUCUUUGGCGAGUCCGUCGCCAGCUCCCAAAAUCGAAAAGAAAAGCUUCUCUGGAUUCGUUUUCAGCGCAGAAGCACGCUACUGUAUAAACGCUGAGGGGUAACGGGAGAUGCACAUGCGGUAUUAAAAAAAAUACCGACAUCAGAAAUAAGUCAGUAUUGCAGAAGGGAGGGGGUGCGAUCAGCAAAAACAGCAAGCUUUAAAAGAAGCCGAAAACACUGUUUUUGAUUUUGUGAUUUCUAAGUGUAAAAAGGUAGAUGAAAGACGCUGACAGAGUACCUUAUUUAUUUUUUCAUGUAGUGUUAUUUAUUACUAAACAGUUCUUUAAGAAAGCCUCUUUGCCCAGUACUCGCAGUGGCAGCAGCUGCUAUACAUAUUAAAUAUUAUAUUAGAUAUUAAAAACCAUCUCCAACCCGUCUCCAAUCCGCUUUAUUUAUUUCCUCAGUGGCAAACGGCAAAAUCCUCUCAGAUUUUGAAUUGAACCACUGACAUAUUUUCUUGGAAAAAGUAUUGAACAGCUUGGGAGGGUAUCUACAUGAGAUUUGUGUAAUGAACGAAAGUUUAAUGAGUUAAAGUUCCUCCCACAGUGGGCUGCCUUAAACAGGUGGGGGGGGGGGCACAAACUGUGACAUUUAUAAACUAGUUUAAACAGAUGGUGAAAUGUUGUUCAAGCUCUUUGCUCUCCUGCAGAUAGUUGUGUGAAUAUUUUGUUUAUAACAAAAUAAAAAAAAAUGACUACAACCUUUA